AUGCAGUUUGACAUUUCUACCCUGAUCUCUUUCACUGUAUCUCACGAAAACAACGAAGGAUCGCCGAAGAACUACGAUAUUAUAGAGCUGGAUGCGGCAGAUUUACUGGCGAAGUACACCCACUAUUGCCAAGUCUGUGGGAAAGGAUUCAAGCGCGACGCCAACCUGAGGAUGCACAUGAGGGCUCAUGGGGAUGAGUACAAGUCAAGCGCGGCGUUGAGCAACCCGAUGAAGAAUGGAGACAAGGACGGCACGAUGAUGCUGCCGAGGAAAUACUCGUGCCCGCACGAAGGCUGUAGGUGGAACCGGAAGCACGCCAAGUUCCAGCCGCUGAAGUCGAUGAUCUGCGUGAAGAAUCACUACAAGAGGAGCCACUGCCCGAAGAUGUACGUGUACAAGAGGUGCAACCAGAAGCAGUUUUCGGUGCUCUCGGAUUUGAGGACUCAUGAGAAGCACUGCGGGGAUUUGAAGUGGGUGUGUUCGUGCGGGACCACUUUUUCUAGGAAGGAUAAGCUUCUGGGUCACUGUGCUUUGUUCGUCGGGCACACUCCAGCGACUCCUCCGGCCUGUGGCACGACGACGACAACGAAGGUGAUGGGGAAAGUCGAACAACAACAACAACGCCGCAAUCAGGUGCAAAUUAGAGUGAAUAAUAGGUGAAAGUUAAAGGAUCAUCAUUUAACUACCAAAAAAAAAGGUUCAUCAUGUGUGAAGAUAUAUCAAUCUCCUCUUUUUGUUGUAUUUUUUGUGGUUGUGUUGAUGACUUUGUAUUAGUUAGCUACGAUUUUUAGUGAAAAUGGGACAGGAAUUAAUGUUUACUGAUUUUCUUCUUUGUUAUUAAAGGGGUACAUGGUAA